CCGCGGCCUCAGUAUGGCUGCUUUACGUUCUCUGUUAUUGAGUGUCCGGAGGCUGCACAGCAGUGUGGCGGCUCAGGCGGGUAGCCAGUGGCGACUCCAGCAGGGCCUGGCUGCCAACCCCUCCGGCUACGGGCCCCUGACGGAGUACCCAGACUGGUCUUACGCUGAUGGCCGCCCCGCACCUCCAAUGAGAGGCCAACUUCGAAGAAAAGCCCAAAGGGAGAAGUUUGCAAGACGAGUUGUACUGCUGUCACAGGAAAUGGAUGCUGGAUUACAGGCAUGGCAGCUCAGGCAGCAGCAGAAGUUGCAGGAAGAAGAAAGGAAGCAGAAAAAUGCUCUUAAACCCAAAGGGGCCCUCCUGCAGAACCCACGAUCAAAUCAAUAAAAAACAGUUCCUGUCUCCCUUUCCUGGCCUCUCUCUGGCUUUCUUCUCUAUCACCUACAUGCCUCAUCCCAGCCAGAAGAGAGAGCCUUCACGUUCCCCAUCUAUCUUCAGAGCACGAGAGCGUGGACACCGGGAAGAACCGCCUGUAGAUCACUGCCUGGAGGAGCUGGCCUAGUGCCCUCAUCCCUGGCUCCAUUCCAGUUCAGUGGAAUCUUGCUCUGGGAUCCUUCCCCGCCUUCGCAGGCCAUAGGACUGGCCCAACUGAGAACAGCAGCUACUCUCCGUACAUGAAAAUGGGGCAGCAGCUCUCCUGGUUUUAGCUUGGCACUCAGGCCUUUAAAGGCCUAUACACAGCUCAGACUGCAUGUAGUUACUCAUUUAAUAAAUGUUCUGAUGAAAAAGGC